GUCAAGAAAUAGAUUCGGUGUUAUAUCUUGAAGAAACCGAAGAUGAGAUUGCUGAUCUAACAUUUCAUCAAAGUUCCAAUGAUUGGGAAAAUUGGACACUAAAAUCAGGUACAAUUGUAAAAAAUCUUUUGAAAGAUGCAUCCAAAAAACAAGGACAUCCACUCAGACCAGAGGUCUGGGGAAUUCUUCGAUGCGGUUAUAAAAUUGCUAAACCAGACUGGUGCCAAAAAAAUGACUAUCUCGAAAUUCAAAGCAGUGCCAAGUAUCAAACCAAAAUAAUUCCAUCAGAGAUUGUACUGAGUUUGUUAAAACAAUAUUAUCCUUUUGAUGUUGAAAAAUAA